AUGAAAUGUGAAUUAUAAAAGGAAUUUUUAGAUAUUUCAGAUGAAUUAAAAUAAUAAAUGGAAAUAGAGAAAAAUGAUCUGAUUCAUAUUUAAAUGGAGCUUUACCUUUUCUUAACGAACACUUAUUUCGAGAUGGUAAUAGUGACGAAACGGAUGACAUUUUAAAAGGAUGUUUAAGUGGUAUAAUUGCCUCGAUAAUGCAAAUGA